UUUGUGGCAUUCGUCCAUGAAGAAGAUGCGAGAAAAUGCAUCGAGGGGAUGAACACAACCGGAGACAUUCAGCUGUUGACGAUCACACGAGGCAGACUUCGACCACCUCAUCUGCUAGAUAAAUACCGAGGACGACCAGCGAAUAAUCCCAAUCCUACGCCUGUUGGUGUGAAGACAAUGAAGAAAGGUCAUAACGAUAAACCCAGAGGCAAGAGGAGUCCAAUAAAUGGACAGAGUAAUUACAAGGCUGAUACCAAAGUCGUCAAGAGCAUUGAUAAAACCGUUAGGAAGAGCUCUGAUUCCAUGAACACUCAGACUGUCGCACGUACAGAAGACAAUUUAGAAGAGAACCUCGAUCUUAAUCCGGAUGAUCUGGAUGAAUCUAUUGAAGUAUUUCCAAGUUCCGAUCUUCCUGAGGAGCUACGCGAAGAGAUGGUUAUUCUUCUCAGAGAGCUUUUGAAGGACUUGCCCCAGGCUAUCCAGAAAGUCACCAUGAUCAAUCCCCCUGAGCCCUCCACGAGGUCUUUUUAUGUUCCCAUUAACUCCCGCGUUUCCUGGAGAAUGCUCCGUAAUGUCCAAGUGGAAGAAGUGCAAGCAUUUCCUGUUGUAAUUGCAAAUAUUCAUGAUAUAUGCAACAUUGAGUUCAUCAUGGAGCUGUUUGGAAUGUAUGAACCGAUGCUGAUAUCCAAGAUGAAGAUUAUUCCUGAUACUUAUAUUCGAUAUUGCUGGCUGUAUUUUAAGAGCCCAAAGACUGCUGAGGCUGUGGAAAGGGGUUUUGAUAAUGGGAAAAUUUGCGGCAACUCUCUCAUAGUCAAAGUGGUAGAAAAAAAAUGAUUAGUCAUUUACCUAAUUGGAUAAUUACAAAAGCAUAGAAGCAUUAAUUACAUAAUUACAUAAUUACAUAAUGAACGUACAAAUCAUGGAGAUAUCUCUAUUAAUUAUUGUUCAAUCUCGGGGAUUACGUGUUAGUGAAAGCAUCAACAUU